AUGGCUUUGGAAAACAAAAAAGCUUCAGCGUCAAAAAAUCUAACAGUACCAGAAAGAGAGAAGAGAGUUACUUAUUGCACGGACCUGGAAAAAUCAGUUAUUAUGACCAACUUUGAACGUCGUGGGUGGCUCCAAGUGGGCCCAGAAGAUGAAUGGAACUUCUACUGGUCAUUCACAACAAACUGUAGAAAUAUAUUCAGCAUCGAAAGCGGCUACCGAAUGAGCGAUAAUCAAAUGAUCAAUCAUUUCCCGAAUCAUUACGAACUAUCGCGAAAAGAUUUAUUGGUUAAAAAUAUAAAGCGCUAUCGGAAGGAAUUGGAACGCGAGGGAAAUCCCUUAGCUGAGAAAACUGAGGUCACUUUGCCUAAUGGACUGACAGUAACACGUUACGUCCACUUGGAUUUCAUACCUGUCACCUACGUCCUACCCGCGGAUUACAACAUGUUUGUCGAGGAAUAUAGAAAAUCCCCUCAAAGUACAUGGAUUAUGAAACCGUGCGGAAAAUCUCAAGGCGCCGGGAUUUUCUUGAUAAACAAACUGUCGAAACUUAAGAAAUGGUCCCGUGAAGCGAAAGCUCCCCUCCACCCACAGAUGGGCAGCAAAGAGUGCUACGUUAUAUCUCGUUAUAUUGAUAAUCCCCUUUUGAUUGGUGGCAAGAAAUUUGACUUGAGAUUAUACGUCUUAGUAACAUCGUUUCGCCCGUUGAAAGCUUAUCUAUUUCAGCACGGCUUUUGUAGAUUUUGCACUGUAAAGUAUGACACUAGCGUCACGGAAUUGGACAAUAUGUAUGUGCACUUGACGAAUGUUAGUGUGCAAAAACACGGUGGCGACUACAACAGCCUGCACGGAGGGAAAAUGAGUAUUCAAAAUUUUCGUUUGUACUUAGAAGGAACGCGCGGCCGUUCCGUUACAGAAAAAUUGUUCGCGGAAAUGCAAUGGCUUAUUGUUCAUUCGUUGAAGGCAGUUGCUCCUGUAAUGGCAAAUGAUCGACACUGUUUCGAGUGCUAUGGUUACGACAUUAUUAUCGACAAUGCAUUAAAGCCCUGGUUGAUUGAAGUCAACGCUUCCCCUUCGUUACAGUCGACUACACACAACGACAGAAUUUUAAAGUAUAAAUUAAUCGAUAAUAUUGUGUCUGUAGUGGUGCCAUCUGGUGGGAUACCGGACGCUCGCUGGAACAAAAUCCCAUCAGAAAACGCUCUGGGUGACUUCGACUUAUUAAUCGAUGAAGAAUUGAUAGAGAGAGAGGAUGUGAACUCACGCUAUUACAGAUAUCAUAAAUUUAAACAAUAA